AUUUGUUUAUUAUUGUGAAAUACUUGACUAAUGUUUGACUUCUAACAACAACAAGUCGUCUGUCUGUACUGUACUGUAGGUGUUUAUGGUGAGAUGUUUAUCUUGUUUAAACCACACCCCUGAGUUUUUAACCGGUGAGCUCACGUCGCCCGCGCUCACUGACACGGUGUGCCUCGACAGGACACACACACUGACUGGAUGUCAUGGCUUUGGCCUCACCUCAAGACAAUGGCAGUCCAGCAUUCAGCUGGGUUGCAGACUUCCAGCGUAGCUGCGUUUUAAGGAACGGAAUCGUUCCGGAAUGGUUCCACGGCACUAUUUCCAGAAAGGCCGCGGAGGAAAUAUUGAUGUGCAAACCACCCGGCUACUUCCUCAUUCGAAUAAGCGAGAGCAGGGUGGGAUACACGCUAUCACAUCGAGAUGAAGACCGUUGUAGACACUUCAUGAUUGACAUGUUGCCGGAUAACCAAUACGUAAUAGUGGGCGAAAACAACAAACAUCGUUCUCUUCACGACCUUGUGGCCUUUCAUCGUGGGACCCCCAUCCCACCCUCCAGCCAACUGCUGACCGUGGCCUGCGAACAGGGUGACAAAACUAGCUAUUCAGAAUUGCUUUUUCCCCAAAGGAGAAACAUUAACCCUGUGCGAAUUGCACGGACGAAUUCUUUACCACAAGAAUGUGCAGCACCUCUCUCGAAUAUCUCCGGGCCCAAACCGACCUCGCCCGUCCAAAACGAAUCACCGACACUAUGCACAAGCCCCAGCACAGGACUUUAUCCUUGCUUGCAGACAGAACUGACCCCCCUUAAUCUACAAAGCAUGGAACCGCCCGUUCCCAAACCCAGAACAAUAUGCAUCUCCACAUCACUAACUCAAGACACACCACCACAGUUACCACCUAGAGAUUGCCUGCCAAGUCAUCCGCACGCUACCACAGAAGUAGAUAGAUCGCUGAUGAAAGUAUGUCCUGAAAAACAUCAGAUCCCGCCCAACACACCCUCUGAAGAUAAAGGAACCAACCGUAACCAACAAAAACACCAACAGCAGUCAAAACCCGCCAUCAUGAGCUUGGCUCAGAUCAAGAGGAAGCUUAAAAAGAAACAAAGCCAGUCUGAGGAACACGCGUAUGAAGAAAUUCCUAAAGACAUUUCUAACUCUUCAGGUAUUGAGAACCUUCGACAACCUUCGGAAAAUGACUAUUUUAGGCUGCUUGAAAACUGUCCGUUUUCGAGCUAUCAAAAAUCUGAUGGUAUCCCCAACAUGGCUGAUAGGAAAAUACAAGUAGAGUACCAAAAUCCACCUCCAUUCGCGCCUGGUUACUAGAUAAAGAGAAACAUAAAUACGGGUGGUUUCCCUAAAGCAUUUUAUUGAUCGAAAACACCGUUGUCAAAACAUCCUUCUCAUUGUUUUAUCAUUGUUAUCAUGUCCUGUGCUAGUCGCUAAGCUGUCAUUUCAAUUUCUUUGACUAUGAAGUUCUGGAUGAACCUGUUGGACGUGGUAAAACCAUAUUAUGUGUUGAUGUGUUUUGUGCCUGUGGGCAUACAUUUGCAUUUACUUCUGGAUUUUAAUAAAUGCUUCCUAAAUGUGG